GUACACAGGAGUAGAUAAAAUGUAUAAUAUUCAUGUCGCACAUGCACAUUAACGAUUUAAAGAUAAUAAAACCUAGCAAAACAGAAAUACCUAAUGAAAUAUCUACACAAGGCGUUCCAGACGGCCAACAACACCUUUCUAUGGUCCAAAUUUUUUUCAUCAAACAAACCUGAGGGGUGUCCCUGUUGCCACAUCCAAGAAAUAUGAAUGUCACCGCUGAAGAAGCGAUAGCUCCCUUUUCCCAAGUCUUGGUAGCCACCCCAAAUUCUAAGAAGGAUAACCAAAGGACAUUCUUUUCGAAAUCACCAUACAAUUAGACUCCCUCUUCCUAACCCAACUCUACUGCUCGAAGAACGCGGUGCGUAGAAGCCAAACGGGGCCGCGCCGGAGGGUCCCUUUCCUGCCCUACCAAUCUACUCAAAGUCUCCAAUCCGCACCCCACCACUGAAGAUGGCGGAUAGUUUAAAAAGUCUUGGAGGAAGCCCUGACUCCCGCCUGUCGUCCUUUACCGAUCUUCCAGAGUCACACAGUCGCCAGAUCACCUCCCUUCCCGUCUUCAAAAAUGCCGGAGAAAGUGAACGAAUAUUCGGUAAAAAGAAGGGCAAUGCGGGAGGCAAGGUGGGGGCGUUCAAGCCAUCGUCAAGGAUGGGGCCUACUUUAUCCGAGGAAGCCAAAGACUUGAGGCGGUUGUUCCGAGAGCGGUUCCAGAUUGAAAAUAACCAGCAAGAUGCGUUUCGCAGGAUUCAAGCGGCGGAGGUUUCGGAUUAUCUUCGAUUGGCGCGCGAAGCACGUGUUGGUUGCGCCGCCAAGUACAACGCACAGAAUAGCCUAGCCCAACUUGAUAAAAUGGAAAGACAGAUCAUGUUGGACUCACUGGCAGCGCAUGAAUGUCAUCUUAAAACGGAAUUACUCAAUGAUAUUAUCGAUACGCGUAAUAAAUUGAACGUGAUAUGUAAAUUAGACGAUAAUUUGUUUAAAAAUGAACGGGAAAUUUUUACGAUGGACUACUCAGCUUUAUGCUUUGAAAGUUCACUAGUUGGCAUGCCAAAUACAGAAUCGGAUAGCAACUUGGCAUCUAAUUAUGAUGCUGUGGUGGCUGAAGGAAUAAACGCAGAAAUGCGAUGGCAGCUUGAGGUACAGCGCUGGGAGUGUACAAAAAAAAAGCCUGAAUUUUUUUGAUGAUGCUUUCUUUCCGACUUCAUUCAAAUAACGCUUACAUAUAUGACAAUAUGUAUAUGAAUCAUUGCGCCCUUCCCUUUUCAAAUGACGCUUUUUCAUGUUUGUUAUGCAUAAACGUCUUUCUACAAAGGAAGCGGCAAAUGUUGAGAUGAAGAUAUACCGUGAGAUCUGAUCCAUGCGGAGAGGGUACGAAAUACUUUAGCAUUGGUUUCACCUUUUUCAAGUCAAAGUCAGCAAUAGUACGUCUUUCCCUGUACCCAAUCCCAACCCCAUUGA